AUGACUUUUAAGAGUUUUGAAGAUUCUAAAACUUGUGUGCCUCCAGACAUCAAUAAAGAUGAAGAUUUUGUAGAGGAAUUUAAUAGAUUAAAGACAUUUGCUAAUUUCCCAAGUAGUAGCCCUGUUUCCGCAUCAACAUUGGCGCGAGCAGGUUUCCUCUAUACUGGUGAGGGAGAUACUGUCAAGUGCUUUAGCUGUCAUGCAGCUGUAGAUAGAUGGCAGUAUGGAGACUCGGCAGUUGGAAGACAUAGAAAAGUAUCCCCAAACUGCAGAUUUAUUAAUGGUUUUUAUUUUGAAAAAAAUGCUACACGGUUUCCAAAUCCCAUUAUCCAAAACUGUCAGUACAGAGUUGAAAAUUGUUCAAGGAUUAUAAAUCACUUUGCUUUGGAGAGAUCCCCUGAAACUCAUGGGGAAUAUCUUUUGAGAACAGGCCAGGUCAUUGAUAUGUCAGAUACCAUAUACCCAAGGAAUCCUUCCAUGUGUAGUGAAGAAGCUCGACUGAGAUCUUUUCAGAAUUGGCCAGACUAUGCUCACCUUACCCCACAGGAGUUAGCAAGUGCUGGACUCUAUUACAUGGGCUUUGAGGAUCAAGUGCAGUGCUUUUGUUGUGGGGGCAAAUUAAAGAAUUGGGAACCGUGUGAUCGGGCAAUGUCCGAACACAAGAGGCAUUUCCCUAAGUGUUUUUUUGUCUUGGGACGGGAUGUUGGUAAUACACGAAUUGAAACUAAUGUUAGCUGUGAUAGGAGUUGCCCAAACCCUACCCAUCUCCCAAGGAAUCCAGCCAUGGCGGAUUAUGAAGCACGACUCAUUACCUUUGCAACAUGGAUAUACUCGGUUAACAAGGAGCAGCUUGCAAAAGCUGGAUUUUAUGCUUUAGGUACCCACGAUAAAGUACUAUGCUUUCAUUGUGGAGGUGGACUUACUGAUUGGAAACCCAACGAAGACCCUUGGGAGCAGCAUGCUAAGUGGUAUCCUGGAUGUAAAUAUCUUUUAGAAGAAAAGGGCCAGGAAUAUGUCAGCAAUAUUCAUUUAGUGCAUCUACUUGACAGUUCUUUGGUAAAAUCUGGCAAAAUGGCUUCCUCAGUAACUCAAGAAAUUGAUGACAGUGUGUUACAGAAUCCUCUGGUACAAGAUGCGAUACGAAUGGGUUUCAAUUUUCUUGAAAUAAAGAAAAUCAUGAGAGAAAAGAUACAAUCAUCUGGAAACAACUAUACAUCCCUUGAACUUCUUGUAGCAGAUCUAGUGAGUGCUCAGAAAGAAAGCUCACAAGAUGGAGAGUCAAGCCCAACUUUAUCAGAGAAAGAGAUUAGUACCGAAGAACAGCUCAGACGUUUGCAAGAGGAAAAGUUGUGCAAGAUCUGCAUGGAUGAGAACAUCGCUGUUGUUUUCAUCCCUUGCGGACAUCUGGUUAGUUGUCAGCUGUGUGCCGAAGCAAUUGACAAAUGUCCAAUGUGUUACACUGUCAUUACUUUCAAGCAAAAAAUUUUUAUGUCUUGA